AUGAAUCAUCAAUCUGCAGAAGCUCUCAUCACCAAGAACACCAAAAGUGACUACGAAACUCGUUUCCUUCUCCAAAGCAGGAGUCAUUCACCUACAAGAAGCCCCACCGCUCCCAAGGCGACCUCUCGAGUAAUCAAUCUAAUGGGUGGCGAAGACGUCCUGGAUUUCUUGACCAUUUACUUUGCCGAACGAAUUGCCGAAGACGACCUUCUUUCGACAAUCUACUGUCAACAAGGUGGAAUUAACAGGAAAGAGUUGGUUCAUUUGCAGAAAGAACUCUUGUUGGUGGCUUUGGCCGAUGAUCUCAGCGAAUUGACCAGCGGACCAAAGGCAGAUGUUUACAAUCAAGCGAUAUUGCAAAAACACGUGCGACUGGGAAUCAUGGAAAAAGAAGAAUACUUUGAUCGACUGGCUGCACAUUUGGCCAAUUCGUUGACAGCAUGCCAAAUCAAGGAAGAGAGGGCCAUUAUCAAGACGAAAAAUCGAUUCGGUGCGCUUCGGCCACUUCUUCAGAUUACUCAUCAGCACUUACUGCAGCACUAA